AUGGGUGAGGAAGGAAAUGCCAGCAUCUUCAACUUUUCCUACACCAACUUCCUCCUGGUGGGCUUCCCUGGACUGCGCGAGUGGCGCCCCCUUCUGGUCCUGCCUCUUUCCUUCCUCUACGUGUCCAUCAUUUCUGCAAAUGCCUUAGUCAUCCAUACAGUGGUGGCCCAGAGAAGUCUGCAUCAGCCUAUGUACGUGCUCAUUGCCCUGCUCCUGGCUGUCAACAUCUGCGCCUCCACAACUGUGAUGCCUAAAAUGCUAGAAGGCUUUGUGCGCUACGCCAAUCCCAUCUCGCUACGUGGCUGCCUGGUACAAAUGUUCUUUAUCUACUUUACACUCCUUCUGGACUACAAUCUCCUGUUAGCCAUGGCCCUCGAUCGCUACGUGGCCAUUUGUCACCCACUUCGCUAUACAGAACUGAUGACCUCUCAUUUACUGGGCCUGAUUGCUACCUUCGCUCUGACACGGAGCCUAGGAGUAGCAGUGUCCCUAGUGGUAGUAACUGCCACAGCCCGAUUCUGCAGGACGUCGGUGAUACAGCACUUCACCUGCGAAUACAUUGCACUGCUGAACAUAGCUUGUGGAGACCUGACCUUCAACAAUCGGUUGGGAUUGGCUAUGCGGUUGGUCACCGUGACCUUUGACCUGACCUUAUUGGGAACCUCCUACACCCGUAUCAUCUACGCUGCCUUCCGGAUCUCUUCUGGGGGAGCCCGAGCCAAGGCCUUGCACACUUGUGGGUCCCACUUACUGGUCAUCCUCACCAUCUAUCUUUCUGGUCUGUCUACUUCCAUUGUCUUUCGAGUGGCCAAGACUGUGUCUCAAGACGUCCAGAACCUACUCAGUGCCAUAUACCUGCUGCUCCCAGGAGCCUUGAAUCCUCUCAUUUAUGGGAUGAGAACUAAGGAGAUCCGGCAACACAUAGAGAAAAUACUCUGUGGAAAGCGGUCACCCCAAGACAUCAGAGAGAAGUCAGAGAACAUGAGAGGGGAGAGGGAGUUACCCGGAUAG